AUGCCACCUCGCGACGUGGUCGUGCUCGGCGGCGGCAUCUCUGGCCUCACGCUCGCCUACUUCCUGCGCCAAGCGCUGUCCAAGACAGCAGCCACGAGCGCGACACGGAUCCACGUACUCGAAGCCAGUGCGGUCUCGGGCGGAUGGGUACAAACGGCCACACAGAAGGGAUUCCUCUUUGAAGAAGGCCCCCGAGGCUUUCGGCCGUCCCGUAACGGCGCAGAGAUGUUGCGAUUGGUCGAAGACCUGCAGCUACAAGAGCAGAUGCAGGCAGUGGACCCAGCAGCACAAGCGCGGUACAUUCUGCGCAAUGGGACCGUCGAGAAGCUGCCGAACUCGGUGCUCGACGCGCUGCGGUGGCCGCUGUCGCUUCCCGUGGCUCGCGCCGCUCUGCGUGAGCUGUUUGUAACGCCCGGUACGAUGGACGACGAGUCGAUAUACGACUUUAUGACGAGGCGGUUCAGUCCAUUGGUGGCGGAGCGGCUGCUUGACCCCAUGGCGUCGGGGAUUUUCGGUGGCGAUAUCAGGAAACUCUCCAUACACGCGUGUUUUCCCAUGUUGACCGACUUGGAGCGAGAACAUGGAUCGGUGGUGAAGGGCAUGCUAUUUGGUAGAUACGGGCAAAGCGACACACUGCUCGAUGGCUCGAAGAAGUCUGCGUUUGUCAAGAAACACGAGAAGUCGGUGAGUGUGAGCUUCACCCAUGGCAUGAGCACACUCAUGGAAGCGCUCGAAGACAGGAUCCGUGCCGAUCCAAUGGCAACCCUUCAACUGAAUACGAGGGUGACGCGACUAGCCGCCCAUGGUCACAACAGCGCAGGACCGAGCUUUGUGGUGGAGAGCAAAGAUCCUACAUCUGGUGAGACCCGGGAGCCUAUCAAGGCCACUCACGUGUUCUCUACUCUGCCUUCAUGUUACCUGGCCCCAGUGGUGAAGGAUUUGGCACCUGGCUUGGCUGAGGCACUGGGCGAGAUCAAGUUUGUUGAUAUGGGUACGGUGCAUGUUGGAUACAACGAAAAGGUGCUCCGUACGGACGGCUUUGGGUACCUCAUCCCGAGCGUCGAGCGCGAGAAGGUGCUUGGCGUCGUGUUUGACUCCAACACGUUUCCCAUGCAGAACGGUGCAGGGAAAACGCAGACGCGAUUGAGCGUCAUGAGCGGCGGCGCACGUUUUCACGAUGUGGCGUCGCUGCCUGAAGGAGAAUUGGAGCGCAACGCCCUGGACGCACUGAAGCGGCACCUAGGUAUCACGCGCAAGCCCGACUACGUGCGUGCUAUGGUACUGACGAAUGGGAUACCGCAGUACAACGUUGGCUUUGGCCAGAAGCUGCAGCGUAUUGAAAAGCAGGCUGCUCGAUCUGCGCCAGGUCUAUACCUGGGUGGUAACAGCUUCUACGGCAUUGGGCUGGCUGACUGCGUGACCCACUCGAAAAGACUCGCGCUCGAGUAUGCCAAGAGCGUGUCAUCGUGA